GGUGACAGAGACAGAUAGCAGCAGCAGCAGAGCAGAGCAGAGGAGCUAUCCGCUGGAUAUUCAAGGGCUGCGACAUACGACUCUUCCAAAGGGGAUUAGUUUGUAAAAAAUGCUCUGUACACACACUGCUUCUGCUGAGGAGUAUGGGAACACUCCUCUGCACUAUGCUGCCCAUGCUGGCAACAUAGACAGAGUCAUUAAACUAAUUCAGGAUGGAUAUAAAAUUCUGUGUAAGAAUAUGAGUGGUCUCACUCCGUUGCACUUCGCGGCAUUUGGUGGAAAGGUACAUGUAUUAGAAAAGUUUCUGCCUGAAUGCUCACAUGCAAUCAAUCUACAAAGCAUACUUACGGGAUCUUCACUUCUCCAUGAAGCAGUUCUUGGUAAAAGCAUUGAAACUGUUGAUUUCCUGCUAGAAAGAGGAGCCAAAACAAACCUGCAAGACAAGCAAGGAAAUACACCUUUACACUUGGCUGCAGUGUUGAAUGAUGCUGAUAUGUCUGUUGCCAUUUGUCAAACUCUACUGGAACACGGUUCAAACCCUGACAUCCAAAAUUUGGCAAAAGAGAAUUUUGCUUUCACUGUUGUGAGAGGUGCAGCCGUGGAGGGGGGCAGGAGAUCACAACGUCUUAUUUCACUUGCCCUGACACAUCGCCCUAAUCUGCUGAGCCGGAACUCUGAUGGUCUCACUCUGCUUGAUCUAGCAAGGAAAAUAUCUGUCCCACCUGCUAUUAUCUGGGCCAUCCAGGAACAGACCCAGGAGCAACAAAUGUUGUUCCUGAGCCAGAGGCCCCUGCAGCCACCUUCAGGGCAGAGUCGCAGGCCUGAUGAGUUUGUGUCUUCUGAGACUUCUAUUAUGGAUGGUGGUAGAUGGAGGCCUGGGAAAAAGGUCAAGCUCUUCAUCUGUGGACACAGUGGAGUUGGAAAAACCACCUUUGCUAAUGCACUGACUGAGACAGGAUCAUUUGCCAAAUUGCAGUAUUACCUUACUGGCCCAAAGACUCCUGUCUCCACCAAAGGGGUGUCCUGUUCACAGACCGAUGUCAAAGAUUGUUCUUUGGUUAUCUGGGACUUUGCAGGCCAGAUGGAGUACUGUUUCACACACUCCCUACUCCUGAACACCAGUGGACCCAAUACUGUGUAUUGUCUGAUCUUCAGCCUAAAGGGGAUUGAGACUGACCUGCAUGGAGGACAGAGGCAUGCACUGGAACAGUUGAUGUUCUGGCUCCGAUUCCUGAGUGUAACUCACAAUUCUCAGUCCAAGCCCCGUGUUUUCCUGAUUGGAAGCUUCCUAGAUGCUCUACCUGAAGAAAACAAAGCAGAGAUUGCCAAUCAGUUUUAUGAAAAUGUGAUGAAGAGAGAGAUCAAGCUGUUCAAUUGUUUUCAAAAACAGUUUGUUGCCAUAAACUGCAGAAAUAUGGCUGAUGUGGAGCCCAUCAGAGAAGCUCUGGAGGAGACAGUCACACAGAUCCAUAAGAACUCAAAAGAUGUCCCUGUUCCUGAGAUUUGUCAGCUGGUCAUGAAGCAAGUCUUGCAUCUACGCACACAGAAGGUUCGUUUUCAGCGUUUGAAAGAACUUGGUCACAAAAUUGAACAGGACGUAUCAAACCCAGUCUGCCCAACCACACUACUAACAGCUGUGGAAUAUUUACAUAAUAUCUGUGAGUUGUUGUACCUGCCUCAUUACUUUCCAUCCAGAACAUACUCAACUACAAAUUCUGAUCAACAUUUUACUCCUGAAUUGCAAUCUUACUCAACGAGUCCCCCCCAUGCUUUGUCACUAGGUGUGGUUAUUUUAGACCUGGAGUGGCUAUUACAAGAUAUAUUUGCCAGAUUUGGUAACUUUGCACUGAGCCCAGCAUCUGGAACAAAUCAACAACAGUGGAGUUUCGAGGAGGUUGUUGCAGCCCUGAACUUGACAGAUGGUGAAGGGGAUGCUGAAACUGCUCUGGAAUUGCUGGAGGCAUUUGAACUUCUUUUAAAGACACCGGAAGGGGAAUUUGUGGUGCCUGGCUGGCUGAAACGAGGAGGCCCUGAAAGGCAUGGGUGUUGGAAAAAUGUACGAGGAGUGGUAUAUCGUUGGAAAGAUGGUAGCAGGGGAAUUUUCAGCCAUUUCUUUGUGGGGCGACUUCAAAUACAGCUUAUGCGCAUAUUUGGAUCACAAAGGUGCCAACUUUGGAAGGAGGGAGCGCUAUUGGUCACAAAUGCUCAGUUGAGAGUUGAUGUUUCAGAAGACAAGCGAUCUUUAUACUUGACUGGGAAUUGGAGAGUCAAAUACAAAGAGGAAGACUGUUACAAUUUGUUGGAGAAGGUAGGAAAAGAAGUUGAAAUGCUUCUACGGAAUGAGCUGGAACAGCAGUAUGAGAAGCUACAUCUUUGUCCUACGGAGCUGUCCAAUAUAACAGUGGCUUCACGGAUAGAUACUGUAGUAGGUUGCAUAUUGAAGGAAGCUCAAAUACCACUGUCAGCCGCCAUAACUGAGGAGCUCUGUGGAUUUAGUUUUGAGCAAAUCCUGGAAGCUGAAAAAAAUAAUUCCUCCCUUUGUGGUAGAGUGGGGAAUAUACAGCCGUGGGAGGUAUUGUUUCCCCAGCAUGAUACAAGAAUGCUAUUCAGGCUUGGAAUCAAUUGUACAACACGUUGGCUUGAAGGAUCUACACUAAUGAGGCUUUGCUGUCUGCUAGAUACCCCUCACCCUCAGGGCCUAGAUUGGAAAAUGUUGGCAGAACUUCUCGGUAAUGCAACCAACAGCGUUGUACUAGAAAUUGAGGAAGAGGCAAGAAACAGAGGAUUAUCACCUACCAGCCUUGUAUUAAACAGAUUUCCUGUUACACUGGGGCAACUAAGGCAGUCUUUAAGUCAAAUACAGAGAGAAGACUGCAUGGCUGAGAUUGAUAAAAUGAUAACACAAUUUUGCAUGAUAUCGCGAUGACUGCAGUGACUAUAUAGACAGUCACAAUGUUGACACCAGAAUGUCGAAUUUUACCAUGUAGACAUACUUUAAAUAUCCACAUUCUAUAUGCCUUUAUAGUUAUAAUGCUGACAAUACAAAUGUUAGGGUUAUGCUUGAAAAUAAGUGUUGACAUUGUGAGAAAGUCAACUGUAUGUCAUAUUGCAAGUCGACAUGGUACAUUCCGACAUAAUGAGUGACAUGUACUCCGUCAACAUGUGUGACCCAUCAACAUAAUGUAUUAAACAGUAUGAAUGUUGAUAUUUUGAAUGUAAACAAAUCAUACUGAACACAGUGGCCCUCAUUCCGAGUUGUUCGCUCGCUAGCUACUUUUAGCAGCCGUGCAAACGCAUAGUCGCCGCACAUGGUGGAGUGUAUUUACACUUUGCAAGUGUGCGAUCGCAUAUGCAGCCGUGCGGUACAAAAAUAUUUUGUGCAAAACAAGACCAGCCCUGUAGUUACUUAUCCUGUGCGAUGAUUCCAGCGUCUGAGGUCCCGGAAGUGACGUCAGAUACCCGCCCUGCAAACGCCCGGACAUGCCUGCGUUUUCCCUACCACUCCCAGUAAACGGUCAGUUGACGCCCAUGAACGCCCUCUUCCUGUCCAUCUCCUUGCUAUCGGCUGUGCGAAUGGAAUCGUCGCUAGAAGCAGUGCACAACAACGCUGUUUGUACGACGCGCGUGCGCAUGCACAGUUUUGCCGUUUUAUUACCUGAUCACUUCGCUGUGAAAAUCGGCAGCGUGCAAUCAACUCAGAAUGACCCCCAGUGACUCUACAACAAAUGUAUCUAAUAGGAUUUGACCUGUGAUCCUUGCUAGUGAAUACCGGCUACAGAGUGCAACCCUCUGAAUAUCUUAUGAGUACAUUUUUAUCAGAAAGAACAAAGAAAUCAGAUGCACAAAUUAAUAUAAGAAAAUUCUUUCUUAGCGUUCCCUACAAUACCUUAGGAUGUGCACCUCCACACUCAGAGAACACCACAGAAUAUAGAGACGUCCUCUAUCCCAAUCUUUUUAUUUAAAGGAGACCCAUUAUAUCUAGCGCACACUGCUCUCUACAGCUAAGGAUGCAAUGCUCAAUCUUUUCUAUUGUUGAUGUGUACUGAAAGACAAUCUAGCAUACAGAGCACUAUAUGCAGAAACAUGUUUUUACUUUUCAUUCAUUCUACUUAUCAUACUACAAUCAAUAACUUUGCUAAUGGAUGCUUAUAUAUACGUUUUCAUUGACUUCAUGUUUUAAAUUGUUUUGCUCAAUGUGUAUAUUAAAAUGUAUAAUU